CUCAUCGUGAGUGUUAUUCUUUUUGUACUGCUAUUCGUUGCUCUGUUCCAGUGUGCUUAUUAGUUAGUUUACUGUAUAAAUAGAAAAAUGUCAGAUGUUUUUGACAAUUCAUUUGUAAAAUAAAUUUAUUUUUUGUCUAGAAUAAGUGUAUUUGAUUAAGUGGAAUGGCCUUAACACGAAAGUUAACUGCAAAAAUAUAUGAAAUUCAAGCCCACUCACAGAAGGUGACAUCGUUGGAUAUUGGCGAAACGGGUCGAGUACUAGUUACAGGUGGUCAAGAUCGUGCUGUUAAUUUAUGGGCAUUUGGAAAUGAAAAGUGUUUUAUGUCGUUGUCCGGCCACAAUGGCCAAGUGGACUGCGUUAAAUUUACAUCUGGCGACGAUUUAGUGUACUCAGCCGACGAAAAUGGCAUCAUCAAAAGAUGGGAUCUUAACACACAACCGGGAUGUGUUACAUUCUAUGGGCACAUGAAAAGUGUGCGAACACUUGAUUUUCAUCCACAUGGCAACUAUAUUUUUGCCAGUGGCAGCAAUGAUACAACCGUACGAUUAUGGGAUGUUCGAAAGAGUGAUAGUUGCUUUAGCAAAUAUCGUGGUCAUAUUGCCAAUGUUAAUUCGGUCAAAUUUUCACCCGAUGGAUGGUGGAUUGCUUCAGCUGGCACCGAAGGUUCCAUCAUUAUUUGGGACAUACGAACGACAAAUAAAGUAAUGGAAUUUCAAGAGACCGCGUCACCGGUCACUUGUAUUACAUUUCAUCCGUCCGACUUCAUUUUGGCGGCUGGUCGAAAUGAUGGUACAGUCGAUUUAUAUGAUUUAGAAACAAAAAGCAUAAUAUCACGAGCCGAUGGCAAUGGCCAUACUGUGAAAUGUAUCACCUUUGGUGAAAAUGGUGAAUGUUGUUUUGUUGGAAGUGCGGAUGGAGUUUCUGUCGUUGGAUGGGAACCGGAUAGAGAAUUUGAUCAUAUUGAAUCAGCUUGGAGUAUGUUGGGCGACAUGAAGGUUGUUAAAAAGAAAUUGAUAUGUGGCUCAUAUGAAAAACAAUCAGUUUUGGUGCAUGCAAUCAAUUUGGAUCAUGUGAUUCCAUACUAUAAUCCCACAAAUAUUCCGUUUAAGCAUAAUCAAAGUACGCGAAAGAGUUUUAAUCGUGGAGCGCCAAAAACAAAAUUGGUAUUAAAGUCAAGUGGCAAUAAUAAUAAUGAUUUUCGUAGUGGAUCGUUGACAAGUGGCAAAGAGGUGUCAUCGCCAUCGAGUCUCAGUUUUGAGAUGAUUGAAGAGAGUAUCGAUGAAAUACCAUUACAACAAUCGUCUGCCAAAAAUGAAUAUGCCUUUGAAAAUCUAGCUCGAACACGUGAAAAUUCGUUGUUCAGUCUUCCGGGUGAUAAUUACAAUGGUUAUUCGGACGAUUAUCAAACACAAAUGCCGCCCGACAAUGGAUCAUAUUUUGAUAAUUCAUCGAACGACCUUGACUAUUAUCCCGAACAAAAUGUCGAACCGGAACGUGAAGAUUUUCCCGUGAAUAAUGCACAGCAGCCAGAUUAUGCACCAAAAAUGGAUUCAAUGCAUCACGGAUUAAGUGUAUAUAAUGCACCAAAAGUAGUGAACAAGUCAAAAGCAUCGUUGCCACAACGUAAAACCCUAUCACAACAAUCUGCCUCUCGAUCAUCGUUAGCCACUUUGAAGAAAUUCUCAUCGAGUAACAUUGAUUUGCAUGCACUCGAUGAUAAUAGUUCGACAUUUAGUGCUGGUAAAAAGAGUACAGGUAUACCGUCACGGAAUGGUUCGCCGACACGAAAUUACUCAGCAUUUAAUAAUAAUAACAAUCACAAGGUGAAACGAUCAGAACCGCCCAAAGAAACCAAUCAUGCCCGCAACAAUCGAAAGAUUACGGUUCAAAUAUUGGCCAAACCACCACCACCGGCCAGAUCGAAGACAUCAUUCGAUUUGAAAUCAAAUCCGUCUAUUUCACACACAUCGCUUCCGAUGGCCUCAUCAAAUCACUUGAAUUCGACGCUACCAAGUAUGCCGGCACAACAACCAAAACCGUACGGCAAUUCAUCGAACUACAAUGGACACGGUUCGGCAGAAGAAAAUGCCGAAAUUAGCGUUUUAACUGCAUAUCAUGAACGGGUCAUACAACAGCUUAGCACCCGAUAUGCAACACUGCAACUAGUUCGCAAUUCAACGAGAUCUCAAGAUAUUGGAGGUGCCCUAAGGCAUGUGGCGAAAAUGCAGGAUCAUUCGGUCAUGGUCGAUUUACUCGGUGCGAUAAUUGAAAAACCUGCAUCUUGGAAUUUGGAUAUGUGUGCAUUACUAUUGCCGGAAAUUUAUGAAUUGCUUCAAAGUGAACAUAAAUUCCACUAUACACGAGCAUGUGACACGUUACGAAUAAUAUUAUCGAAUUUCUUGCCAAUAAUCCAAUCAAAUACCGGCCCAUGGGGACGGUCGUUCGGCGGUGUGGAUAUACCGCGUGAAGAACGCCAAAAGAAAUGCAUGGAAUCUGCGCACUGGUUAUGUAAAAUAAAAGCAUUGCCUGAUAAUCGACAUAUGGGCUCAAAUCUAACACAGUUGCAAAAUCUAAUUGUUGAUAUUUAGAAGAGUGUGAACGCCACACCGUAGCCGAGACACAGUAUCGUUCUGAAUCAAUUAAUUCUUAUUUUUGUUUAUUAUUAUUUUUUUGUUUAACCUCUUUUUUUCGUUUGCAUUAAAAGUAUUUAUUAUGUAUUUAGUCAUUUGAUUGUGUGCUAAACACACGAAUAAUGCGAUAAAAAAAAACAAUUAUAACGAGUCUCCAAAAUCAAAACAAAUUAACACAUUAAUUAACCGAUGUUCCGAUCGAGUUUGAUCAAUUCAAUAUAUUUAAUCUUUAGCUCUGUAAGACAACUUUGAAAAUUCAUGCUCAACUCAAACUUAUUUUUUUUUGUGUUUUUAUAUGCAUCCCGUCAAAGUGAAACCAAUUCAGUAUAUUUGAAGAAUCGAAAUCAAUUAAAAAAAAUAUGACAAAACUACCCAAUAAGGAAACUUUUUCUGUGAAAUAGCUCUCAAUUGAGAGAAAAAAACAAAAAAGAACGCAAGGCCUUCGUACCUUUUGCUUGGUGAUUUUGUUUAUUUUGUACGCAAAGUCGCUGAGCAUCUAAUUUAUAAUAAUUUUGAUUUGCAAUAGAAACUAAACUUGAACGUCUAAUUCAUAGGACUAAUUUUGUAAUCGUUUAAAGGCAGGUUUACAUGCGUUAAACAAACGAGUGAAAAAAAAUGUUGAUGAAAAUAUAAAUAUAAAAUGAUAACAUAGUAACUGAUAAGAACUGAAACAUUAGACAUUUUAAUCCAUUAAUCGAGUUUUAGCUUAAGACAAAGUUAAAACAUUUAAAAAGAAACACACAUAAUAAUUUUUAUCUCUGUAGUUUUGGUUCGAUAUUUUUUAUAAUGUAAUAAUUUUAUGACUGGUGAUAACUAAUUUUUAAGAAUGUUCUACCACUUUGUCUCCCCUCUUUGCCUUCAACCUUUUUUUUAUACUGUGCUGACAAAAAUUACUAAAGUAAUAAAAAAUUGUCAAAAGACAAACACAAAAUUUGAGAAAAGACAAUUGUUUCCGAAAUUUUUGUUUUGAAUUCAGUGCAAAAUUUGUGAAAUUUUGUUUACCCUAACAAGUCUGCUUAAUAUUCCAUUUGAUAUUUAAUAUGGUUGUAUAACACGGUAGAAUGCACGUGAACCCCAUUGUUUUUUUAAGAAGUUUUUGUAUGACUUCAUUUGCUGCCUUGACAAGAGACACAUUGACUGAUAUAUAAAAGAAUGAAUUUCGGUUAAGUUUUGGGAAAAAUUCACAAAAAAAGUUGCCAAUAGGCGCACUUCCUUAGAACUUGUACUGCGACGAAGUACUAAAGAUAGAACUGUCCUUCUAUUUAAAAUGCAUUGAUAUUCAGGACAGGGUUUUGGGUUCUAAGAGAAAUGCUAUUUAGGCCGUGAAUUUGAGCAGCUCCUCUUAACUGAAACUCUUUCAACUUCCCGGUCAAGACAUAAAAAUAGCAAUCAUAUCACAUUUUGAUACAUUUUUUCAUACUUAUCACACAUAUAUAUAGAACGUUUACGCGUUCAGCUAGCGGUAGAAAAGAUUGAAAAUAGCGUAUCAUAUACUAACCAUAUAUUUUCGCACGACCGACCAUUUUCUAUGAAAUUGAAAAAGAAAUAUACAAUGAAUAAAGUGUGCCUUUAUAAAAAAUGACACAUUGUUUGCACAAGAUAAGAAUUUCAGUCCAGUUUUUACGGAUUUUUUGCUAAAGAAAAUUGGAUUCAAAAUAUAUUUAUAAUCCCAUAUCUGCACACUAAUCAAACCAUAAGUUUACAAACAAAAUUGCUUCCGUGCUGUAUAAAUACGGUUUUCAUUUUUUGCUUAAAAUUGAAAUAUUUUUAAUAAAUCUCUUUGAAAGUCGAUUGGCAGUAAUUAAACUCACACAUUUUUAGAAGUAAUGAAAAUUUAUGCAAUAUACAUAAUUAUCAAACAGUAGCUUUUCACACAUCACAAUAAUGAUAUAGAUGUAGAAAUGGUGGUUCAUUGUGUUCUUUAAAGAGAAAAAGAAAGAAAAAAACCCACUCUUAAAUGAUAUAGAGAUAAACAUGACAUGAGAAUCCAGCCUAUAAUUCCAAAUAAACAAAUUAUUUAAACCAAGAGACAUUGUGUAAGCAAAACAUUUUAAUAAAGUGAAAAUGAGUCAAUUCAAA